ACUCAGUGAAAUAAAACGUCUGCCUGGCCGUCGUGACGUCAGCGCACUUCCUGUCUCCACCCGCUGGCAGCCAUGAUGCAGGAAGGGCUGGACGACGGACCCGACUUCCUCUCCGAAGAGGACCGGGGACCGCGGGCGGUGAACGUGGAUCUGCAGACGGACGCCACGCUGCAGGUCGACAUCUCUGACGCUCUGAGUGAGAGAGACAAGGUCAAGUUCACCGUCCACACCAAGAGCACGCUCCCUAACUUUAAGCAGAACGAGUUCUCGGUGGUCCGACAGCACGAAGAGUUCAUCUGGCUGCACGACUCGUUCGUCGAGAACGAAGACUACGCAGGAUACAUCAUCCCCCCCGCCCCCCCCAGACCAGACUUUGAUGCGUCCAGAGAGAAGCUGCAGAAGCUGGGGGAGGGAGAAGGAUCCAUGACGAAGGAGGAGUUCACCAAGAUGAAGCAGGAGCUGGAGGCAGAGUACCUGGCCAUCUUUAAGAAGACCGUCGCCAUGCACGAGGUCUUCCUGUGUCGUGUGGCGGCUCAUCCUGUCCUCAGGAAAGACCUCAACUUCCACGUCUUCCUGGAGUACAACCAGGACCUGAGUGUACGAGGGAAGAACAAGAAGGAGAAGCUGGAGGACUUCUUUAAGAACGUGGUGAAGUCGGCCGACGGCGUCCUGGUGGCCGGAGUCAAGGACGUGGACGACUUCUUUGAGCACGAGAAGACGUUUCUGUUAGAAUAUCACAACAGAGUGAAAGAUGCUUCGGCCAAAUCUGACAGAAUGAUCCGCUCGCACAAAAACGCUGCAGACGACAUCAACAGAAUCGCCUCGUCUCUCUACACGUUAGGAACGCAGGACUCCACAGACGUCUGCAAGUUCUUCCUGAAAGUGUCGGAGCUGUUUGAGAAAACGAGGAAGAUUGAAGCUCGAGUUGCAGCAGACGAAGACCUGAAGCUGGCCGACCUGCUGAAAUAUUACCUGAGGGAGUCCCAGGCUGCAAAGGACCUGCUGUACCGGAGGAGCCGGGCUCUGGUGGACUACGAGAACGCUAACAAGGCUCUGGAUAAAGCUCGAGCCAAAAACAGAGACGUCCUGCAGGCCGAGACCAGCCAGCAGCUCUGCUGCCACAAGUUUGAGAAGAUCUCCGAGUCCGCCAAGCAAGAGCUCAUAGACUUCAAGACGAGACGAGUGGCAGCUUUCAGGAAGAACCUGGUGGAGCUGGCAGAGCUGGAGCUCAAACACGCCAAGGGGAACCUGCAGCUGCUGCAGAGCUGUCUGGGCGUCCUGAAAGGUAACACUUAACUGUGUGACCUGCCUACAUCACGCCGGACACGCCCCUUCGUCUCAGCCCCGCCCACAUUUACCUGGACACGCCCACCAUGGGCGGAGCCUGGGCGGACGGACGAACAACACUGAGAACUCUGGACCAGAGAGAGAGAACAGAGGGUUAAAACAGACAGGAAGUCGUCUUCAUCACUAACCAGACACCGUCCUCUUCAUCUUCUUCUUCCUCCUCUUCCUCCUAACCCUCUCCCCCUCUCUCCAGCAGCAUGUGUACUGGUUCUACUGGGCCAGCAUCAGUCCUGAAGCACCUGUACUGGUUCUGGUCCAGCAGAACCGGUGUGGUCAGUUUGGAUCUCAGCCUCUUUUUCUCCUGAGUGAUUUUCAUAUGAAACUCUUCGUUAUCACAACAGAACACAAGACACCAAAUGUUUUAGGUUUUGUCACCAUUUCAGAUUCAUCUUAAACAAAUCGAUCAAACUUCAGCAGCCAGCGGUUUCUGCUGGACCCGAGCAGCCCGGCUCCAGGGCCACGAGGCGAGUCUCCGUUCAGAUGCUGUCGACAGUAAAUACAAACGGGUCAGAUCAGCCAGAUCACGAGCGACCGAUUGUAGCUCUGAAGAGACGUCGAAGCUGCUGUCGGAUCAGUGCUAGCAGAUACUCCCAGACCUCGUUUACAUCCUUCGUUUCGAAAUCCAAAUAAAAUCCAGAUGACUAAUCAGGGUCGGCCCUCCUGCGGUCCAGAAGGCGGUUUGGAAACUGACAGAAACACCAGAAGAAGAACUUUAGUUUCAACAGUAACAGUUUAGCUAGCGUUAGCUAACAGCUAUCCAUAAGCUAACACAAACACACAGACGUAAUAAAUUUAUGAAGUACGAGCGAGACAAAAGCUUCAGCGUCUCACCGCACAGAUCAUUCGGUGGUUGCACUGAUCAGGGAUUUGUUUUCUCUCCGGCGUCAGGGAGGAUCACAUUAUCUCACAUUUACAGCUUUUCAGCAUCGGUUUUCUGAGCCGCGACUCGCACCAAGUGAUUCCGUGUAGAUGAGAUCCGGUCUCUCUGGGAUUAGUGCACCAGACCCAGGUAUGUCGACACCAGCGGAGGUUUGACUGAACCCACCUGGUUCGGGCCCCGCAAGUCAGAUCCAGACCCCCUGAAUCAGAAUAGAAACAUAUGAACGUCACUCAGAGGAGGUGGUGCUGAUCCUGCAGGAACUGGUCCCAGUAUGUCUCUGCUGCUCCACCCGGCAACAGCCUCCAUCUUACCAAGAGUCAUAAAAGUCUUUUUUUUUUCUUAGAGAAAUGAGAAAAUCUCAGCCUAUUUCAAUUUUAAAAUCUGCGGCGCUCAUUGCAUUCACCAAAUAAACAAACUGGGGGCUUUAUGUCUUAGUUAUUCUUAUAUCUCCUUGUUAUUCUUAUAUCUCCUUGUUAUUCUUAUAUCUCUGAGUUAUUCUUAUAUCUCUGAGUUAUUCUUAUAUCUCUGAGUUAUUCUUAUAUCUCCUUGUUAUUCUUAUAUCUCUGAGUUAUUCUUAUAUCUCUGUUAUUCUUAUAUCUCCUGUUAUUCUUAUAUCUCCUGUUAUUCUUAUAUCUCCUUGUUAUUCUUAUAUCUCUGAGUUAUUCUUAUAUCUCUGAGUUAUUCUUAUAUCUCUGUUAUUCUUAUAUCUCUUAGUAAUUCUUAUAUCUCUUAGUUAUUCUUAUAUCUCUUAGUUAUGAGAGAACUCUUCUCGUCAUUAUGAGAUUGUAAGUCAUAAAUAAGAGCUACAGUCUGUAAUUUGUCUUAUUUGGUGAAUCCGACGAGCUUUAGUAAAAAUAAACUUGCUUCAAGAAUUUUCUAGAAUUAUUGUCGUGUUUCUUGAUUUUACUGCAUCGAUCUUGUUUCAUGUUCAUUUGUAAGACUGAGAUUUCCUUCUCCGAAAUCGGCGGCUGAGGAAACGACCUCGGUCUGUUCAGUCGCUGUUACGUGAAGUUCGAUUUGUAAUAUUCUGUCACUUGUUUUAGGAAAAUGAGACUUUCAGGACUCGAACAGACAUGAAUGUUUCACAGUUUUGUUGCUUCAGCCGUCAGCGUGUCUCUGUCCUCAUCUUCCCCUUCUGCUCUCUGUCGUCUUACUUUGGCGGUGUGUGUGAGGUGGACUUCCUGUGCUGCUGUGAGGCGUUUUGAGUCCAGCUCUCGGUUCCUGUUCUCAUUAAAGUGUAAUGUCACUAAAUAAAAAAAGCCUUGUAUAUGUUUGUAUUAGUUAACUAAUGAAGGCUCAUCAUCGUCAUCGUCACUAACUGUAGCUUGUUUUUCUUGAAUCGGAUGUUUUCUGUCGCUGAGGGCGGAGCUUCAGUCUGAUCAGCGCCGCCAGUCGCUCCGUUUCAUUUAUUGUAAAAGUAAAAAAAUCACAAUGAAAAUGUUUUUGUUCCCGUUCUUAAAGUCACUGUAUACGAAUGUUUUUUCACUCUUAUGUGACCAAAGCUUCCAUGACUGAUUCAAGAUGGAGAAAUAAAAUGAAAAGAAGAAUAAAAGAGAUGAUUAUGAAAUUCA